UAAAACGUUUAGGAAACGUUUUGCAACAUAACGUUUGUAUAACGUUUUUAUAUUGACUGCGUAAUGAAUACGCCCCUGCUCUCUAUCUGGAGAUGGCUACAGGAAAGCCCUAAUGUUCUGCCUUCCUACCAUUAUAAAUUCUACAAGAACGUCCUAUCUGAAUUGGGUGAUGCUUGAAUACAGUUGUCUGUCUCAAAUGGUCUUGCGAAUGGAAUCGGAUAGGCUAUGAAUAAUUGCCGCAUCACCUCCUAGACCUAGAGGGAGCCAGACAACAAUGUUACGGAUCAAGUGCAACAUUGUUACAACGGACCAAUAACAAGUGUAUUAUUGCAGACCAAUAGCAUAACUAAUUGCAACAUUUUAACACACCAGGCUUAGGCUACAUGGCUAUCUCGUGUGACGUCAAAAGGAAAAACUGAAGACAAUUGACCCUGAAGUCUGCUGAACAACAUCAUCAGUGGAUGCUGUAAGUCAACAAGAGAGAAGAGCUCAGGUUGCGCUGACUCCUCUAUUCAUUAGUUGUGUUAACUGGACCGCCGCCAUGUAUAACCCUGCCAACGAUGCCGUGGCCGGGUACUCCAGCGGCACCAUGACAGAGAAAGACCCGAGCCAGGAGACGACCCUGGGAAGUGCCUACUCACCGGUGGACUACAUGAGCAUUACCAGCUUCCCCAGGUUACCCGAGGAUGACGUGGUUUCCGGGGAAAACACUCUCAAAUCACGCAAAGAUGACGACAACUUCCUUAGCGAGCAAGACACGGACCCAGACCUGUUUCUGAAGUCAGCCCGUCUGCAGCGUCUCCCGUCCUCCGCCUCUGACCUGGCCAGCCAUGACAUCACACCCCUGCGGGAGACCACCAGAGACCCUUUAGCGGAGGGCUGUGCCUGCCAGAGAGAUGGCCUCACUGUCAUCAUCACAGCCUGCCUCACCUUUGCCACAGGAGUCACUAUUGCUCUCAUCAUGCAGAUCUACUUCGGAGACCCACAGAUCUUUAACCAGGGUGCAGUGGUGACUGACGUGGCCCAGUGUACAUCUCUGGGCUUCGAGGCCCUGGAGAAGCAAGGCUCCAGUGUGGAUGCUGCCAUCGCUGCUGCUCUCUGUCUGGGUAUCAUACACCCACACACCUCCGGCAUCGGCGGUGGAGGCGUGAUGCUAGUGCAUGACAUCCGUAGGAACGAGAGCAGGGUCAUAGACUUCAGUGAGACAGCGCCCUCUGCCAUCCUGGAGGACAUGUUACAGACCAACCUGGAGCUCAAGCCUGGCCUGAUGGUUGGAGUUCCGGGCAUGCUCAGUGGGAUGCACCAGGCCCACCAGCUUUACGGAAGAAUGCCUUGGAAGGAUGUAGUCACCAUGGCAGCAGAUGUGGCCAGAAGUGGUUUCAAUGUUACACAUGACCUGGCUGAGGCCCUGGCCAAGGUAAAGGACAAGAAUGUGUCGGAGGCUUUCCGUGCCCUGUUUCUCCCCAAUGGUCAGCCUCCCCUCUCCGGCCUGUUCUCCCGACGACCCGACCUGGCCGCCAUCUUGGACGCUUUGGCAGCCAAUGGGAUUGCAGAGUUCUACAGUGGAAACCUGACCCAGGAAAUGGCAGCUGCAGUGCAAGCCAGAGGAGGAGUUCUCUCUGAGGAGGACUUUGGGAACUACACCACCAUCCUACAGCAGCCAGCCGAGAGUUUCUAUCAGGGGCACCAUGUGAUGGCAGCCCCAGCCCCCAGUGCAGGAGCAGCUCUGAUCACAGCUCUGAACAUUCUGGAAGGCUACAACAUCACCAGCCAGGUCCCGCGCAACAGCACCUACCACUGGAUUGCUGAGUCUCUGAAGAUUGCUGUGGCCCUGGCCAGUGGGCUGGGAGACCCUAUGUAUGACUCUUCCAUCUCAGACAUGGUCACACAGAUGCUCAGUAAGUCCCAGGCAGUGCUGCUCCGCCAGAUGAUCAAUGAUUCCCAGGCGUUUCCCCCGGGUCACUACAUGCCCUCGUACGCCCUGGAGGAGGGCGCCGUGGCCAGUCAGGUCAUGGUUAUGGGGCCUGACGACUUCAUUGUCUCCGUCAUGAGCUCCCUGAACCGUCCGUUUGGCAGUAGGAUAGUGACACCGUCUGGGAUCCUGUUGAACAGCCAGAUCCUGGACUUCUCAUGGUCCAACAAGACCCAGACCUCUCAGCCUCCGAACCCGCAUAAUGUCAUCCAGCCUGGUAAGAGGCCCCUGUCCUUCCUGGUGCCCACGGCAGUGAGGCCUCGCCUGGGUUUGUGUGGCACGUACGUGGCCCUGGGAUCCUCCAACGGGGACCGGGCCCUCAGUGGCAUCACCCAGGUGUUGAUGAACGUCUUGUCCUCUCGUAAAAACCUGAGUGACAGUUUGGCAUAUGGUAGACUCCACCCACAGUUGCAACCCGACACUCUCUUGGUGGACUCUGAGUUCCUGGAGGAGGAUGUGGAGGUGCUGCAGUUCAAAGGUCACCAGGUGCAGAGGGUAGACGUCCUCUCAUUGGUGGAGGGCACCAGGAGGACCAAUGACCUCAUCAUUGGGGUGAAGGACCCGCGUAGUGCGGACGCCUCAGCCCUCACCAUGUCCAUGAACAUGCCCUAGCCUUUCUUUACGCCAGGGUUGGGUGAGUGACAGGAGGGGGUGUAGGGGUGAGGGAUACAAAAGGGAAACAGAGGGUUUUGAGGAGUAUGAAGGACAAAUGUCUAUAUAUGAUGCCAGUAUUUUGGAGGAAAAUGAUGCUCGAAAGGGCUGAUAUUCCACCAAAGGGCUGAUAUUCCCAAAGGGACUGAUAAAAACGGGAUUAUUAUGGACAGGUAUGAAGGAGGGAUACUAAGGGAUAUUAAGAAGAGGAGUAGAGGUGCAGGAAAUGGAGGGGCGUGGAGCAGUCUUUGGUUGUUCUGGAGAAAUGUGUAAUGAGUCUCUGAAAUGGGUAAUACCCUCCUACUCACACAGGGUGUAGCAUGCUGUGUGUUUUCAGUUGUCUUUUACCAGGCACAUUUCACUGUAAAUCCACUGGGAUAUGGCUAUGCUCACACACACUGAGAGGACAGAAACUGAAAUGGCUCCUUCCACCACACACAUGCACACACACACACACACACACACACACACACACACACACACACACACACACACACACACACACACACACACACACACACACACACACACACACACACACACACACACACACACACACACACACAUUCCUACAUACGCACGCAUUCAUUCCUUUGCACACAUAACACACACAGAUGGCAUGCUUACGUCUAGAUUCUCCUCAGUGGCCCAUUUAACUUAGCUGAGCAUCCCCUCCCCUGCCUGUCGUUAUACUUCCACUCAUUCAAAAUGCCGGCGAAUGCCAGUGCAUAUAAAAUCAUAUGGGUUUGAUCUGCUCAGUUCCAUUAUCUUCCCUUGUGAACACUCAGGAGUUGGCUAGUCACAUAUUGACACACCUUGAUUUAUGCUUAGACCACCUGUUUACUGUGUGUGCAUUUGUAUGGGCAGUGAGUCAGUGACUGAGUCAGUGACUGUCCUUAAUCGGAUUCUUGUGGCUUGAGUCUAAAGGUGUAGUAGCUUGUAGAUAUCUAACCUGUUACGAACAAUCACUAGGUUACUAGAUGCCAUUUUGUAAAGAAUAGAGAUCAUAUUCUUAUCUCAAAAAGAGAGUGGACACCGCACACUACUCUUCACGUGAAUGUCGUCCGUCCUCACUUCAAUAUUGAAUGUUAUUUAUUGCUAGUACUACUGGGUUUAAAUAAUGUUGUAUUAUUAUUUAAGGUGAUCUGGGGUAAUGACUGGAAAGGGAGUAGUUUGAAAGCUUAUUGCAAACAUUUUUCAGAAAGGAUAUUUUUAGAAUGAAUGGUCAGAGUGACCAGGUUAUGAACAAUUGCUCGUACAAUGGUUUUUGUCUAUUUAUAUUAACAUAUUUUGCUUAUACUUGGUCAUUUGCACAGAUGUUUUCAGUUGAGACAACACUUGCGCUAUCUGAUUUACUUUUUAAUAUAUUGAAUGAUUAUUGUAUUUUAGUGAAACAGUAGAUGUUAGUCUUUGUGCCCAUAUUGCUGUGUCAAUGGGCUAUUUAUUAUAGCACGUAUGAAAAGACUCUCCCUUUGUAUUCCAAAAUGCUACCACAGGCCAAUUCUUAUCCAUAGCCUAACUGACCAUUGUGCUAAUACCUCAAUAGAUGUGGCUGUUUUCAAUCUAAUUUCAAAAUGCCAAUAACCAUGAUAAAACACUGCUUGGUUACAUAAGUAAUCAUUGAUGCAAUUAUGAAGCAUUAAAUAAAUGCAUAUUUUAUUUUCUCAUUUGUUGAGCAAUGACUGGCCUAUACAUGGGCUCUGUUUUAUGUGAUGCUAUUUGCCUUUCCUUCUCCUUUGUCUUAAAUUUUAACGUCCACUUGUUUGCACAGUAACAAGGUUGUUUGUAUACGCUACGCAUUAUGUACUUUGUAUUGAAAAGUAAGAAUUCACACUGGAAGAAACACUGUAUAGGAGGGCCCAGUUAUGGAAUAAAUAUGUUUACACAGA